AUGGAUGCAUUUGAUUUAUACACGACUGCUGCCAUGGAUGAUGUGGACAAUAAUAUAGGUUGUGGAGGUGGUGAAGACGAUGAAUUUGUUAACGAAGAUCUUCAAAAGAAGUUAGAGGAUGCGAAAACUCCUUUAUAUGAAGGGUGUGAGAAAUACACAAAACUUUCAUCAAUUGUAGCUUUAUAUAGGUUGAAGAAUCUGAAUGGUUGGACAGACAAAAGUUUUACUGGACUAUUAGAACUCCUUUGUGAUAUGUUUCCCAAAAACAAUGUACUUCCUGAUUCCAUGUACUUAGUUAGGAAAUUUUUGAGAAAUUUCGAUUUGAAAUAUGAAAAGAUUGAUGCUUGUAUUAAUGAUUGUUGCUUAUUUAGAAAGGAGAAGGCUAAAAUGGAUGUUUGUCCUAAGUGUAGUGUUUCUAGAUGGAAAGUUGAUAAACACACAAAGAAUGUUAAAGUUGGUGAGGCUGCCAAAGUUUUGAGGUAUUUUCCGAUAAUACCCCGAUUGAAAAGAUUGUUUAGAUCAAAAGAAAUGGCUGAAAACUUAAGGUGGUAUUUCACUCAUAAAAGUAUUGAUGGGAAGAUGCGACAUCCAGUGGAUACACCUGCUUGGGAUUCCAUUAAUGAAAGAUGGCCAGAGUUUAAUCUUGAACCACACAACCUUAGGCUCGGACUAGCUGCUGAUGGAAUUAACCCCUAUAAAAGUCGUAAACAACCUGUAAACGAUAUUGAUAUUUAUUUGGAGCCUCUUAUUGAAGACUUAAACAAAUUGUGGAAUAAUGGAGUGCAUACUUAUGAUGCAUUCGACAAAAGCUUCUUCAAUUUGAAGGCAAUGUUGUUGUGGACAAUAAACGAUUUUCCUGCAUAUGGAAAUCUUGCUGGGUGUACAACCAAAGGCAAGACAGCUUGCCCGAUUUGUGGUAAUGAUACAUGUGCAACUAGGCUGAAACAUAGUAAAAAAAUUUCAUACCAAAAUACUAGGAAAUUUCUCCCGUUUGAUCAUCCAUAUCGGUCUAAGAAAGCAUGGUUCAAUGGAGCUACAGAAGAAAGAGCCCCCCCUAAAGUUUUGAGUGGCAGUGAAAUUGUUGAAGAACUAAAUCAAAUUACCAACAAUUUUGGAAAAAAUAUGAAUCCCAAAAAAAGGAGUCGGGAUAAUAAGGUGGAAGGAAUGUGGAAGAAGAAAUCUAUAUUUUUCAAUCUACCAUAUUGGGAGGUUUUGUUAGUUCGUCAUAAUUUGGAUGUUAUGCAUAUAGAAAAAAAUGUGUGUGAUAGUAUUAUUAGCACAUUGUUGGACUUGAAUGGAAAAUCCAAAGAUCAUCUUAAUGCUCGAUUGGAUUUAAAGGAUUUGGGUAUCAAGAAGGCCUUGCAUCCGGUGGAGAAAGAUGUGAUUAUACGACUUCCAGCAGCAUCUUACACACUUUCUAGAUCAGAGAAGAAAAUGUUUUGCCAAAGGUUAUUUGAUUUAAAGUUACCUGAUGGUUAUAGCUCAAACAUCAGUAACUGUGUAGUAGUUGAGGAACGUAAGUUGAUGGGGCUUAAGUCUCAUGAUUUCCAUGUCUUAAUGCAACAAUUGCUGGUAGUGGCCAUUCGAGGAUUGAUGGAGGAUGGUCCAAGAGAGGCAAUUAUAAGACUUAGCAAAUUUUUUAAUGGAAUAUGCCAACAUGUGGUUGACGUAAAAGAAAUCAUAGAAUUGGAAGCAGAAGUAGUUGAAACAAUUUGUAUGUUUGAAAGAUAUUUUUCUCCUUCAUUCUUCAACCCUAUGGUACAUUUAGUUGUUCACCUUGGACGAGAAGUGUUAUUAUGUGGUCAUGUUCAAUUUCGAUGGAUGUAUCACUUUGAAAGAUAUAUGAAGUUACUUAAAGGGUAUGUGAUGCAACCUACACAUCCCGAAGCAUCUAUUGCUGAACGUUACAUUGCAGAUGAGUCAAUGCGCUUUUGUGCAUCAUUUUUGAAACAAUCUAAUGACGAAGGUUCCUUCAUUGGACGUAACGAAUAUAAUGAUAGUGAUGUGAUACUUGAAGGUCGUCCACUUCAUCGUGGUGUAACUGUUACACUAAAUGAUAAGGAUCUAGCUAGUGCACAUCGCUAUGUAUUAUUCAAUUUAGCUGUCACAGAGCAAUAUUUAGAGAUGCAUCUACAACAACUAAAAAAGAAUAACAAUACUUUAAGAACCAAUAACACUCUACUUUGGAAACAACAUACUGAGCUUUUUCCCUUGUGGUUAGAAGAAAAGUUUUCUACUGCAGAAUUUGAUGCUAUGUUAUCAAGAUUAGCACAUGGUCCUCGUAAAGCAGUCAUAUCCUAUAAGGGAUAUGUUAUUAAUGGGCAGCGAUUUCAUACUAAGGAUGCAGAGAGAACGACACAAAAUAGUGGUGUUUAUAUGGAAGCAACAACAAUGUGUAGAUCUAGUGCUAAAGAUGAUGCACAAUUAGCUGAUGUUGUAGGAUAUUAUGGGUACAAUAUGGAGACUAGAAAAAAGAAGCAGGAUGGAAGUUUAGUCAAUGAAAAGGAUGGAGGUUUAGUCAAUGAAAAGGAGGUUGGAUCACCUUCAACUCAAGUUCACUUGCAACCUGGUGCUUUGAAAGCAAUUGUGGCAUAA